UUGAGAUUUAUUCUGGUUCGGGAGAGGUGUGUUGAGUGUUGUAGCUACAGAUAAGGUGGCAGCAUUUCAAUUUACAUGUGUCUUGCAAAAUGCACACCUCUCCACAAGUUUUUCGAAUUUAUUUAGAUUUUAUAACACACAGUGGACCGUGAAAUUUUGGGGAAGCAAAUGAUAACGGACGCAGAGCUCUUAUAGCUAGCCAUCUUCUGAAGAUUAUUAGCAGGGUCUCUCCUGUAAAUUCUUUCCUCUCGGAAUGUUCUCAAAAAAGCCCCAUGGGGAUGUCAAAAAAUCAACACAGAAAGUCUUGGAUCCAAAAAAGGAUGUCCUGACACGUCUGAAACACCUGCGAAUCGUAAUAGAGAAUGCGGAGUCUGUGGACCUGAAGCACUUCUUUGACCAGAACUACUCCCACAUCUACUAUGUCUUUUUUGAGAACUUUGUCACCAUCGAGGUCAACCUGAAACAGAAAGGUCACAAAUCGCAAAGGGAAGAGCUGGACUCCAUUCUUUUCAUAUUUGAGAAAAUCCUGCAACUUCUACCGGAGCGCAUCCACCAACGAUGGCAGUUUCACAGCAUCGGUCUUAUUCUCAAGAAGCUGUUACACACAGGAAAUUCCUUAAAGAUCCGUCGGGAGGGCGUGCGUCUCUUCCUGCUGUGGAUGCAGGCGCUGCAGACCAACGCCCUGCCGGAGCAGCUGUGGAUCUUUGCCUGUCUCAUCCCCGGCUUCCCCGCACCCCAGUCGGAACACGGGCCCCGCACACUCGACAACCUCAUCAGCCCGCCGCUCUGCCUGCAGGAGAUGGGUCCCGAGGAGAUCACGCCACUGGUUCCCCCGCAGUCGGGCGAUAAGGCCCAGGAGGACCUGACUGGCUACUUCCUGGAGGCCCUGCUGAAAUACAUGGUAAACCAGGCUAAGAGCCUGGAGUGGCGCUACAAGGAGAACCAUGAGAAGGGCUUCGCCUUCCUCUUCGCCAACUUCAAGAAGUACUACCUGCCCCACAUCUUCCCCAACUUCUCCAAGGAGACCAGCCUGUACAACCCCAUCCUGGAGGUACCCUCCCUGAGACCAAAGCCUUACUACACGGUGGUGAAGCGGGACCCGGACACCAACGAGGCGGUGUACUGCACCAAGGAGAGCUUCCUGAACGCCCGCGUCAUCUUCAUCCGCUGGCUGGUGUCCUUCUGGCUGGAGCCGCGCACCAAUGCCGCCACCCUCAUCCCCGGCGUGGAGGGGGAGAACGUGCCAAAGAACAUCCAGAGAGCAGCAGCAGGUCUGGCUGCGCGGAGCGAGGACAGUGGCGGCCCCCGGGGUCCCGACUCGCUGGACGGUGGUAUGGGCGGCGGAGGGCUGGGUGGCGGUGCGGAACCCGAGCAGUCGCACUCCAACACGAGCACGCUGACUGAACGCGAGCCCAGCUCGUCUAGCCUGUGCAGUGUGGACGAGGAGCACCUGACCGACAUCGAGGUGGUGCGCCGCGUCCUCUGCUCCUCGCGCACCAACGUCAACUUCAUCACUGAGAUCUUCCGACAGGCGUUCCUGUUGCCCAUGUGCGAGGCGGCGGCCAUGCGUAAGGUGGUGCGCGUCUACCAAGAGUGGAUCUCCCUGGAGGACAAGCCCGUGUUCAUGAGGGAGCCUGAGGAGGACCACCGGACUCACGCCGACUCCGCCAGCGACGGCACAGACAAGGACGAAGAGGAGAGGUCAAUGAAGGUGUCCAGUCACAGCAGGACUUCGAGCUGGUGCAGGAGUUCCCAGAGCAAUAUGCUGGAGUACAGCGUCCACGCUGGUGUGCAGUCGACACUGCAGGUCUUCAUCACUAACUCGUCUAACGUGUUUCUUCUGGAGCCGGCUAACGAGCUGAAGGUAUUGCUAGAGGAGCAUGUGGACAUGUGCAAGCGCGUGCUCAACAUCUACCGCAGCCUCGUCAUGCACGAGACCAUGGACCAGAAGACAUGGGAGCAGAUCUUAUUGGUGUUGCUCCGGGUAACAGAGUGUGUGAUGAAGAGAGCCCCCUCUGUCACGCCGUCCGGCAGGAAGAAUCCCACUCUCUCUGGCCGGCUAGCAGGGGCCAUCUUCCAGACUCUGAUCGUGGCGUGGAUCAAAGGGAACCUGAAUGUGUACAUCUCGCGCGAGCUGUGGGAUGACCUGCUGGCCGUUCUAUCCUCGCUCACCUGCUGGGAGGAGCUGGUCACUGAGUGGUCGCUCACCAUGGAGACGCUCACCAAGGUGCUGGCACGCCACCUCUACAGCCUGGACCUCAACGAGUUGCCCCUGGACAAACUCAGCGAGCAGAAGCAGAAGAAGCACAAGGGCAAAGGUGGCAUUAACGAGGGCCACAAGAUGGCGGUGGACCGCUCCUUCUCUAGGGGCUGGAGUCGUGACCCGCCGGGUCAGGCCGCCAUGCGCCAGCGCAGUGCCACCACAGCUGGGUCGCCCGGCAUCGAGAAGGCCCGCAGCAUCGUGCGGCAGAAGACCGUGGAUAUGGAGGACCCCCCAUUGGCCCCGCGAGGGCCCCGCUUGCGGCACAGCUCCCAGAGCCAGGACGCGGCGCCGGUGUCCCUCAGCUCCGAGGUGUUCGGCGCGUCGGUGGAGGCCGACUUGACCCCUCCGGGCAGCGGUGUCGGUGGCGCCGUCGGAGCUCUGCCACCUCUCCCCCGCAGCUCCAGCGCCUCUGACAUCAUGGAGCCCUUCAUCGCAGAGCGCGCCAAAGAAACGCCCCCCGCCGCCCCCCAACCGCACAGCUUGGGGGGCGAGCCGACCCCCCUGCAGUCCCUUUCCUCUUCCCCCCACCACCAGCACCAGCACCUCCCCCCACUCUCCUGCACCCCUCCGCCCUCGUGCGUUGCCGCCGGCGACGGCAACCGCGGCAGCAGCAGAGUGCCCUCGCUGGACGCCGCCGAGCGGCACAGCAUCUACGAGCAGCUAUGCCACCCGGCCCCUUCCUCCGCACCCCCCUCCCUCUUCACUUGCGACCCCCUCGCUGCCCCUCAGCAUCGGGCCCAGUGGAUUGUGGGAGACGUAGGCAAAGGCGGCGAGGAUGACCUCAUGAGCUCGCUCAGGGAGUACUUCGGCCAGGGGGAAGACAGUUGGGCAGGGGCGGGCUUCCUGACCAGCGACAGCACAGAGGAGGCAGGGCCAGAGAGGGGGAUAGAGGGAGGAGGAGGAGGAGGAGGGAUGGAGAGCGGGAUAGUGACAGGGGCAGAGAGAGAGAGAUUGAGGCUGGAGGAGAGGAGAGCUAGGGGGAGCGCGAGCUCGGCCGGGGAGGAUGAGGGCGUUAGGCCCAAGAAGCAGGCCCGCGCAGGCACGGGAGCGGAGGGGGAUGGAGGAGGAGGUGGAGGAGGAGGAGGUGGGAGCGGGGUGCACGUCAGCUUCCGACCGUCCACCGAAUCGGUGCAGUUCCACAACCCCCUCGACCCCAAGGAGGCCUACUGGAAGACGCGUCUGAGACGCCUCAGCCAUUUCAGCCACAGCAGCAGCAGCAGCAGCAGCAACAACAACAGCAGCAGUAACUCCACCGGGACCACAGGGGGCGCCGCUCAGGUCUCGGGCGAGGGCCCGGCGGCCAGCAGCGGUCUCAGACGCGGUAGGUUGGGCCGCUCGGCCCUCCGACCCCGCGGCUUGCGCUCGCGCUCCCAGGAGCCCGGCUCGGCCUGCAGCCCCUCGCGCCACCACCCGCAUCACCACCAGGGGGCGCUGCUGGGCGGCGUGUACAAGUCAAUGGUGCACGCCCUCUCCCAUAAGCCCAAGGGCCAUGUUGCCCCCAGCCCACGCCAGGCCAAAGCGCAGCCACAGGCAGCGCCCCUCUUGGACCUGGUGGCUUCCGUUAUGGGCUAUUUUGGAAGGAAGCCCCCAGCCAACAAAGAAGAUCUAGCUCCGAAGAUGCGUCCGGUGUCGAGUGACGCGGGCAGCAACAGCAACAGCAACCCCAACUUCAGCGACCUCAUGGACGAGUUCAUCCAGGAGCGCCUGCGAGCGCCCCGGGGCAACUCUCAGGGCAUGACUCGGCGUGGCAGUAGUCCAGGCAGUCUGGAGAUCCCCAAAGACCUGCCCGAGCUGCUGACGCGGCCAAGCGCCACGCGACCCGCUGACGACCCUGGCGUGCCUUCCGAGUGGACCUCACCGGCCAGUGCCAGUGGCAGUGACCUCAUCAGCUCUGACAGCCAAUCAGACUCCUUUAACGCCUUCCAGUAUGACGGCAAGUUUGAUAAUUUCAGUUUCGGGGCGGAUGCAGCUGCCGGCUCCCUGGACAGGGACAGUCUGGGCGGCAUCCCCCAGACGGCGGAGGAGCAGGAGCUGUCCAGCCUCACCACGCUGCACAUCGACUCGGACACCAGCAGCCAGCAGGGUGUCUCUGCCGACACCGUCACCAUCACAGGCUCGGAGGGCGCCUCUCCUAUGCACUCCCUGGGCUGCUCCCGCUCGCAGACGCCCUCCCCAGCCACCCUCACCGCCGAGCACACCGAACACAAGGACCUGCAGCUAGACGAGAAGCUCCACCACUCUGUACUGCAGACUCCUGAUGACCUUGAGACGAGUGAGUUUCCCAAUGAGGACUGCAGUGUGAUGGCCGGCGGCUCUCUGACCGGUUGGCACUCGGAUGUCGCCACAGUGAUGUGGCGGAGGAUGCUGGGUAUCCUGGGAGAUGUGAACUCCAUCAAAGACCCCGAGAUCCACGCUCAGGUGUUUGACUACUUGUGUGAGCUGUGGCAGAACCUGGCCAAGAUCAGAGACAACCUGGGCAUCUCCAUGGACAACCAGUCCUCCCCACCUCCCCCAGACCUCAUCCCACCCCUCCGUAUCCACCCAUGGCUCUUCAAGGCCACUAUGCUGACUGAGCGGUACAAGCAGGGCAAGCUGCACGCCUACAAGCUGAUCUGCAAGAUCAUGAAGAGGAGGCAGGACGUCUCGCCCAACUCUGACUUCCUCACACACUUUUACAACAUCAUGCACUGCGGCCUGCUGCAUGUCGACCAGGACAUUGUGAACACCAUCAUAAAGCACUGCUCUCCGCGUUUCUUCUCCAUCGGUCUCCCCGGGGCCACCAUGCUCACGCUGGACUUCAUCGUGGCCGCCAGCAGGGUGACCGCCUGCUCCUCGCUCAAUGCUCCUCGUGUGGAGGCGCAGAUCCUGCUGGGAUCCCUGGUGUGCUUCCCCAACCUCUACGAGGAGCUGCCUGCGCUGCACCCCACCACAGCGGACGUCGUCAUGACCAAGUUCAGGGACGUCAAGGAGCACAUCAUUAAACACAUUCUGAACUCUGCCAAAGAUGAGCCCUCAGCCCCUGCCAGGUGUGUGGCGCUCUGCAGCCUGGGCAUCUGGUUGUGUGAGGAGUUGGUCCAUGGCACAAGACACCCGCAGAUCAAAGAGGCCCUCAACGUCAUUUGUGUCACACUCAAGUUCCCAAAUAAAACCGUGGCCCUGGUUGCCUCAGAUAUUCUGCACCUGCUCAUCAACUAUGUGGAUCACCUGCAGAAAUUCCCUCCUGACACCCCAAAGAAAAUAGUUGAGAUCCUCAUAGCCACCAUCACCUACCUGCUCCCCACCACAGAGUCCUCCCCACAUGAGCUGGACAAAAGGCUGGUGGUGUCGCUGCUGCUGUGCCUGCUGGACUGGGUGAUGGCACUGCCCCCCAAGACCCUCCUGCAGCCCAUCCAGACCCUCACGCCGGACAAGGACCGCGGAGAGAAGUCCGUCCUCAGCUGCAUCUAUAAGGUUCUGCACGGCUGUGUGUACGGGGCGCAGAGCUUCAGUAACCCCCGCUACUUUCCCAUCAACCUGUCUGACCUCAGUAGCGCCGACUACGACCCCUUCCUGCUGCUGGAGAGCCUGAAGGAGCCCGAGCCACUGCAUUCACCCGACUCCGAGCGCUCGUCCAAGCUUCAGCCCGUCACCGAGGUUCGCAGCCGCAUGCAGACGGGCCUGAUCUCCGUGGCGGCCCGCACGGUCAUCUCGCACCUGGUCAACCACAUGGGCCACUACCCACGCGGCGGGCCAGCCACACUGACCAGCCACGUGUGCGAAAACCACGACAACCCCUACAGCGAGAGCCCGGACCUGGCCACGGAGCUCUUCGACGCGCCCAACCUGCAGUUCUUCGCGCUCAACAGCUCCACGCUGCUCUCGUGCCUCCAGAUCCGUGCCGAGGACGGGCUGCCCGGCGGCGGCAUGUCGGCCGGACUGACCACCACGAGCGCCUGCGUGCGCGUCAUCGUGCGCGACAUCUCCGGCAAGCACUCGUGGGACUCUGCCGUCCUCUACGGGCCGCCCCACUGCUGCGCAACGACCGGUCAGCAUCCGCCGACGGCGUCGCAGAACAACGUCGGCCACAAAGAGGAGGACGAAGAUGACAACGAAGACGACGACGACGACGAGGGUCGCCUGGGCCUGACUGGUCCGCGGGCCAAGCGCCGCUGCCGCGACGAGGCCUUUCCGCAGUGGGACGCCCUGCGCGAGGACGAAGGCUCGGACGCGCUGGACGAGAUGCUCUGCUACCUGGGCGUGUCCAGCCCCGAGUGCCUGCAGCGGGCCGGCGCCCCGCUCAACAUCCCGGCGCCACCGCCGGCCUGCGUGUCCGAGAAGCAGGAGAACGACGUCAUCAACGCCAUCCUCAAGCAGUGCGCCCACGAGCGGGAGUUCGGCGCGCACCGUGGCAACGAGCUGAACAUGCGGGCGUCGCAGCAGGGCCAGCCGGGGCCCCAGCGGCCACAGAGCGCCUUCUACUACUGCCGCAUGCUGCUCAACAUCCUGGGCAUGAACUCCUGGGAGAAGAGGAGCAGCUUCCACCUGCUGAAGAAGAAUGAGAAACUGCUGCGAGAGCUGAAGAAUCUGGACUCCAGACAGUGCCGUGAGACACAUAAGAUAGCGGUGUUCUAUGUGGCGGAGGGACAGGAGGACAAGCACUCCAUCCUGUGCAACACCAGCGGCAGCCAGGCCUACGAGGACUUCGUGUCCGGCCUGGGCUGGGAGGUGAACCUGACAAGUCACUGUGGCUUCAUGGGCGGCCUGCAAAGAAACCGGAGCACGGGACUGACCAUGCCCUACUUCGCCACCUCCGCCGUGGAGGUCAUGUUCCACGUGUCCACGCGCAUGCCCCCCGACUCAGACGAUUCACUCACCAAGAAGCUGAGGCACCUGGGGAAUGACGAGGUGCACAUUGUGUGGUCGGAGCACUCGCGAGACUACCGGAGAGGCAUCAUCCCCACUGAGUUUGGUGACGUCCUCAUCAUCAUCUACCCCAUGAAGAACCACAUGUACAGCAUCCAAAUCAUCAAGAAACCAGAGGUGCCCUUCUUUGGGCCUCUGUUUGACGGGGCCAUAGUGGACAGUAAGAUCCUGCCCACAGUGGUCAGAGCGACAGCACUCAACGCCAGCCGAGCUCUCAAGUCUCUCAUCCCACUCUACCAGAACUUCUACGAGGAAAGAGCCCGUUACCUAGAAACCAUUGUCCAGCAUCACCUGGAGCCGACCACCUUUGAGGACUAUGCAGCGCGUGUUUUCUGCCCCGCUCCUAACCACCACCUCUCCUCCGAAGCAGAGAGAAAUGCUGUGGUGUUUCUCCUCCUCCCCAAACCUCCACUAGAAAACAUUGGUCUCAUCAAGGUAAAGGGCAAAGGCUUGAAAAGGAAGGUGUUUCACGCUAGCUGUGAAUGGCUCAUGCCACGAGACUCCGUCGGCCGAAAGCCCAGCAGCAAUGGGGGCGGUGGCAGUGGGGGGAGACGGGAGCGACUCAGCCUCGCCAAUGUCCCCUCGUACUAGCAAGAGCCGCAUGUCCAUGAAGCUGCGCCGCUCCUCCGGCUCGGCCAAUAAGACUUGACCCGACACCGACCCCCGACCCCCACUGGACCCACCCACCCACCCGCCGCCACAUGCUCAUCUGGAUCUGGCCACUGCCCAUGUCACAUCACGCCUUUCCUCUCGCACGGCGGUCUCCACGGAGACGACAUCUGACAGCAGGACAUCAGUUUGUUUCUCCUCUUCAUCUUUUCUUUUGGGGUUUGGGCAUCCUGGCCUUCCCGACCCCCCCACCACCACCACCACCACCACCACCACCACCAUACCAAACACCUACUUGCCUGUGAUCUUUGUAGAGCUUGGACCUGUGCACCAUGCCAGAAAGCCUAUGAAAGCUUUCUGCUGCUACCUUCACACACACACACACACACACGUGUAUGCCCAUGCCACGGAUACUGCUGCACUGGAGGACUAUGAACGAGGGGGAAUGUGGGAGGACAGUGCCUAGACUCUGCUUGUGCCCCAUGCAAAAAAAGUACAAAAUAAACAAGUAAACAAACAUGCAUAAAUAAAAACAACUUUUAAACUCUUUAAGGACACAGAGUACUGCAGCACUGAGCUGUAGAACCAUUGAAGAGGAGAAAAGACCAACAAGAGGAAACCCUUGAAAUGACGAUCGGGGCCUUUGAGCACGGAGGUGUUCACGUGCAGAGGGGAGGAAGAAGGGAAGGAAAGCGAGGUGACAUUCAUGCCAUUCCCUCGGUCACUUUGCCUGUUUGCUUUCAGAACUCUUGAUUCUUUGAGCCUCUGCUGUAAUUCCUGAUGCGAAUAAGAGAAGUACUCAGUGCAGUUAGCCAUGAUGCCAGUAAAGGUCAAAAGAAAUGGCAAAAAAUAAUAUUAUAUGAAACAAGUUUCUUCUAUGGUUACUGUUGUAUCCACCAUGGAACAUGCUAGAAAUCCACUCAUGUGUAUACUUAUACAUAUAUAUGUAUGUAUUUGUACUGUAUAAUUGAAGCCUGCUUUGUUUACAGUUUGCAGAGAUGCUGGCCAAUAUUGGGCAGUAGAGCCUUCCUUUAAAUUUGGCUGGAGAAAAUUGUUAUGCCCAGAGUUAUGUUUGUGAAUGAGAAAAGAAAGCACUUCCUCCUGUUACAUUUAUGUUUUCAUGUUUUGUUAUUUCUUUUCCACACUAGUUGUGGAGCUAAUAUUUUGAAUUGUUUUCACUACUGUUCACAUAUGGUUAUGGUGAAGAUUGUUAAAUCAGUUUUCACCUGAUUUAGAAUGUUACUGAAACAUUGUUACUACAUAAUCUAUUUCAACCACAACACCACUUUUCACCAGUAACAGAACACGUGUAUAUAUUAUAAAUAUGAAUAUAUACAUAUUUAAUGUAUGUGUAUAGUGUAUGAACAGUAUCUGGUCUGUGUAUAUAGUUACCAAUAUUUAAAUCAGCCAAAAAUGAACAGAAACUAACACGGAGCCGUUCAGAACAUCUGAGGGGUGAUGAUUUUUAGGGCGAUUUUAAGCGCUCAGUGGCAGCGAUUGUCUGGUCUUGCUGCAACGCUCUCUGUCGCUGAAGUUACCCUCUACACUUUCCCUGUCUGCUGGUUUAGGUCGCAUUAUCGGCGGCACCAUGAGUGUAGUUAAUAGUCUGAAAAUGCCAUCGUUAAAAUGAGGAGCACUGCUCCAUUUAGUGAUGCCUGAAUGACAGAUUGGCCAAAGAGUUUUUACAUAGCUACAACAGACUUAACAUAGCCACAACGCAGCCUAACCUUUUUCUCCACAAUGUGAUUGGCCAGGCAGGGAAAGUGUAGGGGUCAACGCUAAGAUAGUAUAGCCUUUUUUUUUUUUACCUGAGAACAAUUACGCCCUGUCGCCAAAUUACAGUACGUGUUCAGCCAACACUAUAUUCAUUCGCAUUUUUGUUAUAAUAAUGAACUUAGGAUUGUUUUGAUGCUCAGCCUAUGUCGCGGAGUUAUAGUUGUUUUGACGGAGAUGAAAGGGAUUGCGUUAAAGACGGUAUCAGGGUGAUGCUGUUAUUAUGAUAGGCUACUCUUAUAACAGCAGUGACCGCUACUGGCAUGUUUGAAGUCAACUCCAUGCAAGUCAUACUCCGUUUUUGCUUUCUUGUCUCUCACUGAAUAGGUCAAGCUUACAUUAGGUCAAUCAGUAUGUUUAUUCAAAGCAUUGUUUUUGUCAGACAACGAACUAUGCGAAAUUUUAGGACUUGACAGAGGCCCAAUUGAGACCUCACUGUGCUGGAGCGCGACCUGCGUCCCUACCCCUUGCACGAGUGACUGAGACCGGUGCCUGUUGUAAAACUGAGGGCGUAACAGAAAUGCCUUUGAAGGUUAUGAUGUACGUUACUACUGACCAAAGGCUGCAUGACACCAGUACUAACUGCAUGUGUUGACAUAACAGCUUCACAACACAAACCACGCACGCACGCACACACGCACAUACGCCAGUCUGUAAUAUUGUCAUACUUGUAGUAUCUAUACAGUAAUGGUUAUGAAAGACGGAGACACGGAUGUGCAAUUGAACAUGAAAAUAAAGGUGUUCAUAUCACAGACUUUAA